CACUCCCAGAAGAGGAAGAUAUGCAUCUUGAUGAGGAGCUUUUCACCGGCUCUUCUGGUGAAGGAGCACCUGCUUCACAGUCUUAUGGACUAAACAGUGCAAAGAAAACCAAAAGGAAGCUUUUGGCUCCGGACAUCAGCCUAAACCUAGACCACAGUGAGGGGUCAGUCCUUUCAGAUGAGCUGGAUGAGAGUACAGAACUGGACCUGGAUGAUAUAGACACCCCUUCAGACAACAGCAACGAGUUUGAGUGGGAAGAUGACCUCCCAAAACCCAAAAACGCGGACCUGCUGCGUAAAGGAGUGGAGUCGGUGCGAGAGUUCACCAGCACGGAGGAACGGGAGGAGGGCCGUCGGUGGAGAGUCUUCCGCAUCGGAGAACAGGAGCACCGGGUGGACAUGAAGGCCAUUGAGCCCUACAAGAGGGUUAUCAGCCAUGGAGGUUACUAUGGCGAUGGACUGAAUGCCAUAAUUGUCUUUGCUGUUUGCUUUAUGCCUGAGAGCAAUCAACCAAAUUACAAAUACAUCAUGGACAAUCUUUUCAAGUAUGUCAUAGGAACUCUAGAGCUUCUUGUAGCUGAGAACUAUAUGAUUGUAUACCUUAACGGAGCCACUUCACGCCGAAAGAUGCCCAGUGUGGGCUGGCUCAGAAAAUGCUAUCAGCAAAUAGAUCGAAGGUUAAGGAAGAAUUUGAAGUCUUUGAUAAUAGUGCACCCGUCCUGGUUUAUUCGCACCCUCCUGGCCCUCACAAAACCUUUUAUAAGCUCAAAAUUUAGCCAGAAAAUCAAGUAUGUGUUCAGCCUGACAGACCUGGCUGAGCUUGUCCCGAUGGAGUACGUUUCCAUACCCGACUGCAUUAAACAGUUUGACGAAGAAAAAAAUAGGAAAAAACAUAAAAGAUUCUGACGUUGUGUCCUCUCAGUUCUGCCGCUGUUAGUAUGGAUUGACCAGGACGUGCAUGGAAAGGUGGAGAUGGCCACAUCAGCAGUGCCAGAGUGAGUCAGAGGAGUUGAAGAGAGAAGCUGGAAGAAUCAACGAAUGAAUUGGGUUUCUUUUAACUGGAGAACGCAAGAUCUUGAUGUCAGAAAAGUGCCUUUUAAAGGAGUAGUUCAUCGCAAAAUGAAAAUUCAGUCAUUGUUUACGCUCUCUCAUGUCAUUCCA